UAUCCACACUUUUUUCUUAAAAUGUUUGUGUUCAACAGUUACAUGGAUUCAUAAAUCAUAGACACAGUUCUCUUGCAGUUCAACUUUUUCUUUUUGGAACACCAGAAGGCUUGGCUAGUUGCUGGCUAAUGUUUAUUGUGCCAGCUAUACCCGUUCGUUUUUUAUUUGAUUUUUAAUUAUAUGUUGAUUUUUGGUUGAGCAAGAACACCAUUAGGCCCAUUUAUAUGCAUAUAUAAAUAGAGUAUAUAAAUAGAGUAAAAAUAAAUAUCAACAGAAACAUGAAUCCCGUUACAAGAGAAUAUAUGGUAGCUUGAUUCGUAAGCUUGCUUACGCAAGCAAAUAACCUGAUUAGGUAAUAUCAGUUAACAUUAGCACCUAAUUGUGUAACAACAUGUAUGCAAGCAAACAACCAAACUCAGCCCUAAGUUUGGUUAUUGAUUAUAAAUUGUGGUUUUGAAGGUAAUUUUCCAAAAUGGAUUUCAAGGAAUAGAAAGAAUUAGAAAUAAACAUCCAGUAAAUAGUAAAUCAAAAGAUUUUUCCUAUUAGGUAAGGGCCUUGAGAAUGGAGGAGAGUGGCUAAUGAAUGGCCUGGUAUUCAGCAUACUAGGCUAAUCCAAGCUAGUCAGUGCAACAAAUAUGCCUUGCUUUCUGGAAAUUAUGUGGAAGCUUCCAGGUACUUUUCUUAACAACAGAACAGAAAUAGUUUACCGUUGUUUUCUUUCAGAAAUGGGAUUUUUUCAUUUCCAGUAUCCAAAGCUUGCUUAUCUUCUAAUGUGGAGAACCUAAGGCUAGCAGAUCCAGGCUGCAAAAUUCCAGGCGUCCAUGACCAGAAUUUUCUGGAUAUUUACAUACUAACCAGAAUGUCUGGGCGUGGUAAGAAACAUCCAAAGCCUACACUGCCUGCCAGAAACAGCAAGACUAAAAAAUCUGGCUUGCAGUUUUCUGUGCCCCGAGUUCACCGGUACCUAAGACAGGGCCAUUAUGCUGAAAGAAUAAGUGCAGGAGCGUCGGUGUAUCUGGCUGCAGUCUUGGAAUAUCUGACUGCAGAAGUCAUGGAAUUAGCUGGGAAUGCUGCUCUUCAAAAUAAGAAGCAACGGAUUGGACCGCGCCAUAUCCAGUUAGCAAUAAGGAAUGAUGAAGAGUUGAACAAGUUGUUUGCAAAUGUGACCAUUCCUGAAGGAGGAGUUCUCCCCAAUAUCCAAGCCCCUCUUCUUCCUAAGAAAACAGCACAGUUUAAAGAAACCAAAGGAGAUGAUCAGUCCCAGGAAUUCUGAAAAAUUCUACAUCUUUUCUUGCAAGAACAAUCUUUGCUAAAAGGGAAAGACUGGAAAUUGGGGUGUUUUUUUUAGCAGUUUCCACUGGUUAUCCCCCAAUUAUAUAUGGGUCACACAGUCAUCAAAAGAUGAACAAUGUCCACCUAGCUCUAACAUAAAUGACCUUUAGUCCUGAAUGGAGUGGAGAACUAGUGGUAUACCUCUCUAUUUCCAUACAAACUAAAUAUUAGUGAUCAUCAUUUAUAGUAUUAUGGGAAUCUUGCUGCAGAAGGAAUAGAUGAUGUUUUAUGUUAACCUGGCUAUCCUCAGGUUAGCACUCUUCAGAUAUGUAAUUCUUCAAACUUACAACUUAAGUGGUUUUUCCUGUUUUUUUUUCCCACCAGCCUGUAAGUAAAAUGAUUGGUAUUGGCAAACCCAUUUUGAUAUUCAUCAAGGUUUUGCCCCCAGAUCAGCACUUUAAAUUUAUUUACUUGCAUUAAGGAUUAUGAUUGUGAAAUAGAACUGUAGUUACAUUCUUCCUUGCAUUUAUAUUCUUAGUUUUUAUGAUGUGGGAACUAAUUUGCUUUUACUUCAUGUACCUUUAGAUGAAUUCCUCAUCUCAGAAGUUUGUCAUUGAAUUGAUAAAAAUCCUUCUCGACUGUUGGCUUCAUCUAAUACAAGUCUUUAUGUACUUCAUAAUUAAAAAUGUACCUCACUUGCAAAUGUGUCCAAAAAGGUUUAUAACUCUAAACAGUGAACAUGCUUUUCAUGUCAAAGCUCCCAAGUUGAAUCUCUGGGACCCAUGGGUAGAGUUAUCAACAGUGCUGGUCUAGAUGGAUCAAUAUGGAUGCUGGUCUAGAUGG